AUGACUUUGACCAAAGCUGCAAUGAAGUACUUUGAGAACCUACCGCCCAGGUCGGUGACUUGUUUCGACAACCUGAAGCUGCAGCAGCAGCCGCAAGCCCCUUUCUCCCCCCAAAAACGAAAAGCGGGAGAGGGUUGGUCCGCGAGUGAUGGCUGUCGCGGGCUUGGGGGCCGCCGUGCCUUCGUCGCCACCGCGCCCACGCCGCGUCGCUGCCGUUGCCCUCCCUACAUCGCCGCCGUCGAGCUCGCGAGCGUGGAGGAGGCACAGCGCCGCUGGUUUCGUCGGGUUUCCGCCGUCGAACCCGUCCCUACCACCGCUGCUGACCACACGCACAGAGAGAGAGGGUGCGCGAAAAAGGAGCCGCCGCGGGGUUGCUGUUGCCGCCGCGAGGCUGGGCUCGCCGCUGUUGAGGGUCGCUGCCUUCCUCCACCAUCACCAAAGAUCCAUCACCGGAGCUGCUGGGCUCGCCGUAUGCUACUGUUGUGUCGCCGGAACUGUCCUGGGGUUUUGCCACUCAUUCAGAUUCUGCUCUGUUUUGGGUUAGUGCUGUUGCUAUUGUUUUGGCUGCCGGAAAACCUCGAUGCCGCCACCUCUGCUGCCGGAAACAGCCGCUGAGUCUUCUAUGAUGGAGUUUACCGCGAGUUGCCGUCGUUCUGGUCA